AUCGGCCGCUCAGUAUUAAAGAGGCGUCGGUGGAAGACGCAGUAGUGACGACGAACUCUUCGACAAGUGAGAAGAAAAGAGCGCAUGAGGGUGGUGCGGACGCCGCGAAAUAGGCGGUUGCCGAAGGGAGUUAGGGAUAGAGAUUGAAGGAGGAACGAAGCGCACACCGACGCCCGAACGAUCUUCUCACGAACGAACGAUCGACUGAGAUAUAUCAUUUUCUCUUCUUCCUCAUCGCCCCCUCCCUCCCGAUUCCCACUCUUCCACCCUGAUUUCCCCUUUAUUUUAUUUCUCUCAUCCUCUCCUCUUUUUUUUCCACCCUUUUUCUCCACCCAUCCCGUCCACUAUCUCACCGUCAUACUUUUGACGACGAAACGAACACUGAACGAAUAACCGACCCCUCGAGCUAUGGCAGCCACCGCCAUGGAUCCAGUCGACAUCGCGAAUAUACUCGCGCAGGAACUGCUUUAUCAGCAGCUGGUAUCUCUGGACGGGCUGCACAGUGGAGUUCCGACCAGGACGACGCCGACACUGACGCCGACCACGCUCCGCAGCAUCGAGCAGACCUUCUUGGAGCUGACGAGCGAGUCAGCGUCGCACAGUCGCGAGGCCGGCUUCGUGCCGCCGUUGGUCGAGCCGUCCCAGCCGACCCCGGCCCAAACGCAAAACACGGCGGCGCACCACCUCCCGCCGACGACCACCCUCAUCGAGAGCCAGCAGACGCAACCGCAGCAGCAGUCGGCUAGGCGCAAUAUGGGCGGCAGGAGGCCCAACAGAACGAUCGGGAUGACCCCCGAGGAGGAGGCGAGACGACAGAUCCGGCGCGAGAGGAACAAGAUGGCAGCGGCCAGAUGCCGCAAACGAAGGAUGGAUCACACCAAUGCCCUAAUUGAGGAGACCAAGGGCUUGGAAGAGAAGAAGCAGCAUCUGCAGGAGGAGAUCAAUAAUCUGCAGCAUCUGAAGGAAGAGCUGGAAUUCCUGCUGAACACUCACCAAGCGGUUUGCCGGCUGCGAUCCGCGUCCCCGCCGGAUGUGAAGCCCGUGAUAAAGCCCGAUCUUCCGGUCGACGAUCAAUUCGCCGAGCCCACGAAGGGUGGCGACGCCAUGGUGGCCGCCGCGAGACCGAAUAGACCCAAUUCACUGCCGGUCGGGUUCGACAACAACAACAGACUGAAUUCCCUGUCGCUGUUCGCGGAGCCUAAGGACAGGCCGGACACGUUGGCCUUGAAGACGAUGGAGACGCCGUCCUUCAUGAAGACCUCGAUGGAUGUGUCCGGUAUGCCGAUCACCACCCCGACCAGCGGUAUACCGUUCAACUUCGACUCCCUCAUGGAGGGUGGCACCGGUCUCACGCCAGUCACGACGCCCCUGAUACCGUCGUGCUCUACGCAACAGAGGAGCAACCUGUCCGCCGUGGACCUUAGCUCGCCGGACGCGAAUCCCAAGCUCGUGAGCUUGUGACGCCACGAUGACGUGGUGGAGCACGGAUCGAAUGAGGAGGACGAUCCCGAAUGAGAAACGGGGGAGUACCAUGACGCGAAGGAAGCUCGAGUUUCUUUUUUUCUCUGAAGGAGGGAAUCAAACCCCGAAGUAUUACCACGAGCGCUUUGCAACGAAAUCUUUGAUCGCCGUCAAAAGCUCUUUCAUUGCGACU